AUGGGAAGAGGAGGAGGUUACGUGACGGUGGCGGCGGACAAGGUGGAGGAGCUACGGAGGAGAAAUGGAGAGGUGGUGGCGGAAGAGGCUGAGGAGAGACUCUGCUCGCAGCUGGCGGAGCUAGAGGUAGAGUCUCUAGAUCAGGCGCGUGAGUAUGAAUCUCGUAUACUCUUCCUCGUCGACCAAAUAUCUCGUCUCUCUUCCUCCUCUCUUGAAGUCAUAGUUUCGAAUUCGUAG